UGUAUUGGGCGAGAGUGAGAGUUAAAGUGCAAGUGAAAGGCAGUAAGCUCGUCACUGUCCAUCAUCACCUCAUAGGUUCAUUAGAGUAGAGAGAGGGCUAGAUCACCGCUGUGAGACUUGUUGACCGAAGCUGCGACGACAACAAGUAAAGACCAGAUCAUAUAUGCUAUAGCAAAGGAAGUGCAGGGUGACAGCAGAAGUGUGACAGUGAAGGAGAAGAGCGUUGCCAUAAGGUCACAGUCAUGACGGUCAGCGGGGCUCCACGAGACAGAUACAAUGCAGUAUGGCUCAUCUUCUUCAUGCUGGGGCUGGGCACGCUGUUGCCAUGGAACUUCUUCAUGACAGCAUCUGUGUACUUCACCAGUCGUGUCAAAGACCCCGUCAGCGCCGACGAUGCGGCGGUCACGGCCAACGUAACCGCCACCACGGCCCCGGGCGAGCAGCCGGAGGACACGCGGAGCGUCCUGGAGGCCAAGUUCAACAACGUCAUGACGCUCUGUGCCAUGGUCCCCCUGCUGGCCUUCACCUGCCUCAACUCAUUCCUAAAUUCAAGGGUCCCUCAGAAGCUGAGGAUCAUGGGAAGUCUGGUGGUCAUCCUGGUGGUCUUCAUGGUGACGGCCAUCUUGGUGAAGGUGCCCAUCGAGCCGUUGCCCUUCUUUGCAGUGACCAUGAUCAAGAUCGUCAUCAUUAACUCGUUUGGAGCCAUCCUGCAGGGCAGUCUGUUUGGCAUGGCCGGCAACAUGCCCUCCACCUACACCACCCCCAUCAUGAGCGGACAAGGCCUGGCCGGCACCUUCGCAGCCUUCGCUAUGAUCUGCGCCAUCGCUAGUGGGUCUGAGCUGAAUGACAGUGCGUUCGGCUACUUCAUCACGGCCUGUGUUGUCAUUCUCUUAACCAUCAUGUCAUACAUCCUGCUGCCCAAACUGGAGUUUUUCCAGUAUUACCAGUCGGGUAAUAAGGGAGAUGAGGAGAACAAGUUGGACCUGAUGAAGAAAGGAUCUGCCAGUGAGAGCAGGCCCCUCAGCUCCUCCCAGGAGCCCCAGCAGAAGCCCUCCAUGCUGGUCAUCUUCCCCAAGAUCUGGGUGAUGGCCGUGUCUGUGUGUUUUGCCUUCACCGUCACCAUCGGCACCUUCCCAGCUGUCACUGUGGACGUCAAGUCUACCAUCGCCAAUGGAGGCGCCUGGGAGAAAUACUUCAUUCCCGUGUCCUGUUUCCUCUUCUUCAACUUGUUCGACUGGGCUGGACGAAGCCUCACAGCAUUCUGCUCAUGGCCCGGUAAGGACAGUAAGCUGUUGCCAGGCCUGCUGCUGGCGCGUGUGCUCUUCGUGCCCCUCUUCAUGCUGUGUAACGUGCAGCCGCGCUACAACCUGCCCGUCUUCUUCCACCACGACGCCUGGUUCAUCACAUUCAUGAUCCUCUUCGCCUUCUCCAACGGAUACCUGGCCAGCCUCUGCAUGUGCUUCGGGCCCAAGAAAGUGCUCCCCUACGAGGCGGAGACGGCGGGUUCCAUCAUGGCCUUCUUCCUGUCUCUGGGCUUGGCCCUCGGAGCGUCCCUCUCCUUCCUCACCAGAGGGAUCGUCUAGACGCUCAGCACACAGCAAACACAAUAGAAACACACCAGCACUGGAUACGAUCACACACACACACACACACACACACAAAUACACACAGACACAGGCACAGACAGACAUACACACACACACACACACACACACACACACAGACAGACAGACAGACAGACAGACAGACAGACAGACAGACAGACAGACACAUACACACACAAGACUGUGCAUGCUGCGAACACACACACACACAAGCAACCAUGCACACAAACAUACUGUAUGCACAGUCUGUGCACAAACUUGUUCACGCUCACACACAUGGACGUGCACACACCCAAACGUGCACACACACAGGCUCAUAUACCAACAUCAUACCAUGUAUUUCUAGUCUAGUCUAGUUACAACAUACAGACACACACACGGACACGGACACAGACACGGACACACACACGCACACCUGUAUUUCUGGACUCCAUAAUGUGUCUUGAGUUUCAUCAUACCCACCUCCAAUAAAGAAGACAAGCCAUGGAGAGGCAGCAAAGCGCAGUUUGAAUAAUAGUAAGAAUGGCACAAUAAGCCUGUUUGUAAGCCGUUUGAAUAAUAGUAAGAAUGGCACAAUAAGCCCGUUUGUAAGCAGUUUGAAUGUGGUCCUACUCUACAGCACACACAAGGACAAGGACAGGAGACUGAGUGAUGGACUAAUGGGAGAGACUGAACUUGGCUGGGAGGGCGGAGGGGCUAUAAUUCAAGCUUAGGGAUGUCCUGAGACCAGUGAUGUCUACUACCGGGAAGAAAUGGUCAGGGUUGCCGGAUUCCAACCUCAACAUCUAGGAGGCCAUAAAGUUUGCCGAAUUUGAACAGCUUCCACCGGUUUGUACGGCUACAGCUGACGGCUGACGGCUGACAUCUAGACCAAUUCUCAUCCAAGACACAUUUUACUCACAGAGACCAGCUGCCGCGGAAAAAUGGUCAGGGUUGCCAGAUUUGAAACAUAUGCUAAAUAUUGCUAGGAGGCAAGUUAGUUACCCAAUUCGAACAGAUUCCACUGGUUUGUGCGGUGACAGCUGACAGCUGACAUCUACAGAAAUACCCAUCCACGGCGCGAUUUACUCACAGACUGUCACACAAAACAGCCCAAUUGGGGCGGAAAACUGCCCAAUCUGGCAACCCUGAGCACAGCACAG